AUGUUAUAUUUAAAAACAAAACUAUUUACAAAAUAGUUUUCCAGUCUAAAUGUAUUUGAAAUAGAACUAGAAUAGUUUCUGAAAAAUCUGUUUACAAUAAAAAUAGAAAACAUUAUUUCUGUUUUAAAAUAGGUAUUUUGUAAACAGUAAAAGAUUUUCAUGCCGAUCUCUGCUUAACCCUGGCCCCAGUCCAAAGGUUACAGUAAGUGAAAAACAAGCUGAGUUUCGUUUCUUGUGAAAUUUCCUCAGUGUGGGGAGGAGCCGUGAGAAGCAGGAGCUUUUCUGUAUAGGAGACACAGAGACAGAGAGACUUCCUGUGUGCUCUAUUAAAAACUGCAGAUAGGCAGAGAGAAGGGAGAAGGGAGUCUGAGCAGUAAGUGAAAAACAAGUUGAGUUUCGUUUCUUGUGAAACUGCCUCAGUGUGGGGAGGAGCCGUGAGAAACAGGAGCUCUAUUAGAAACUGCGGACAGGCAGAGAGAAGGGAGAAGGGAGUCUGAGCCCUCGCGACGUUGUCUCCCUGCUCCGUCAUGGCAGAGCUGAUCAGCGAGGAGCAGUUUGUCUGCUCGGUGUGUCUGGAGAUAUUGAAGGAGCCGGUCACUAUUCCAUGCAGACACAGCUUCUGUACGGGGUGCAUUAAGAAGGUCUGGGAUCAGGCUGAAGGCACAGCAGCAGCAGCAGCAGCAGCAGCAACAGGCUCCUACAGCUGCCCCCAGUGCAGAGCCCUCUUCUCCCCCAGGCCAGUUCUGUGCAGGAACACCAUGCUGGCUGAAGUUGUGGAGAAACUGAGGAAGAGCCCCAGGGGAGGGGGAGAGGGGCUCAAGUCUGGUCCUGCUGCUGCUGGGUCUGGAGGUGAGGAGGUGCCCUGUGAUUUCUGCACCGGGACGCACAGCAAAGCCCUCAAAUCCUGCUUGGUGUGCCUGGCUUCCUACUGCGAAACCCACCUGAAGCUUCACCGGGACAAGGCAGCUCUGAGGAGGCACAGGCUGAUCCAUCCCGUGCAGGACUUUGAAGGGAAGCUUUGUGAAAGCCACCAGAGAGUGCUGGAAGUGUUCUGUAGGACCGACCAGACCUGCAUUUGUGCAUUGUGUACAAGUGAGGAGCAUGCAAGUCACACUACAGUCUCUGCAGAGAAAGAGAGGACAGAGAAACAGGAGCAGCUGGGGGAGAGGCGGGCAGAAAUCCACAAGAGAAUCCAGGAGAGACUGAAGGAGCUGGAGGAGCUGAAACAGGCUGUGGAGUCACUCAAGAAUAUAGAGAAAACAGCUAAAGAGAAAGCUGUCGUGAGUCAGGCUGAUGAGCUCAUGGACCAACUGGAGCAGGAAAUCACUGAGCUGAAGAGGAGAGACGCUGAGAUGGAACAGCUUUCAAAGACAGAGGAUCACAUCCAUUUUCUACAGAAUUGCUGGUCUCUCUGUGCCCCUCCUGAAUCUGGCCUCUUACCCAGCGUUACUGUCAAUACAGACGUCGCUUUUGAGGCUGUGAGGAAAGCUGUGUCUGAACUUAAAGGCCAACUUGAGGGCACCUGUAAGAAAGAGUUUGUGAGGAUCACUGAAACAGUGAAUAAAGUUUCUUGUCAGCGGGCUCCACAAUCAAAGAACAGAAAGUUUGUGAGAAUCAAUAAAGCAGUGAAUAAAGCUUCUUAUCUGCAAGUUCCAGAACCAAAGAACAGAGCAGAGUUUUUACAAUAUUCCUGUCAGCUCACACUGGACCCCAACACACCGUACACAGAGCUCAGGCUGUCUGAAGGGAAUAGAAAAGUGUCAUGGGUGAGAGAACCCCUGCCAUAUCCUGAUCACCCAGAGAGAUUUGACUGUGAGCUCCAAGUGCUUUGCACAGAGGGUCUGUCUGGGACUCGCUGUUACUGGGAAAUUGAGUGGAGUGGCUGUGGGAUUGAAAUAGGAGUCACAUAUAAAGGAAUCAGCAGGAAAGGAGGGGAUGCUUCCUGUCAACUUGGAAGAAAUAACAAGUCCUGGAGUUUGUGGUGCUCUGUUUUAGAUGGUCUCUUUGCCUGGCACAAUAACAAAGAGAUUAAAAUAACUGCCCCCCGCUCCUCCAGAAUAGGAGUGUACCUGGACUGUCCUGCUGGCACUCUGUCAUUUUAUAGUGUCUUUCCUGAUGACACAAUGACCCUCCUGCACAGAUUCUACACCACAUUCACUGAGCCGCUCUAUCCUGGGUUUAGACCUUAUUUCAUGGGUUCUAUAAAUAUCUGUCAGCUGAAAUAGGCUGCUGUUUUGUUGGACUUCUGUUUUAAAUUUGCAGACUGACAGAUCCUUGAUUCCCUGUGAGUCUAUUUAAUUGCUGUAGUUCGCUUUUCAAAUCAAAUGUAUUUGGUGGAUCUGUACACAGAGGCACAACAAGUGAUUCAGAUGGUCACUGUUUAAAUAUAGUAUCGUGAGUUCUGAUUUACAUAUCUGAUUUAUAUUCUUUUAGUGUUAAAAGUGUAAUUUGUAUAAAUCAGGUGUGUAUAGUUUGGGUGUGCAGAAACUCAAUACUUGUUAUUGUCUUUAAGAAGUAUUUAUCAGAAGAUAUUAAUAAAUCCAUUCAUUAACAGGUUGAUUUCAAUACAAGAAAAGCUGUCCUCCCUCACUUUUACAAUGGAAUACCAAUCAAUGGUGAUUCACUUCCGCGCUGAGUGUUUUAAAAGCCGAUUGGAAGAUUUUCCUCUCAGCCAGACAGAGGCUGUAAACUGACAAUAAAAAGUUUCUGCACCCCCGACUACACCGGGUUAUUUCACAAAGAAAUGGUGACAUUGGGUUCUAUUUUAUUACAAAAUUAAAAGCUUGAAAUUUAAAAUACAUUUUAAUUUAAUGCCCGUAUUAAAAAGGAACUUCUGUACAUAACUAUAUAACUGUUUGUCUGCGGGCACAGCCAGGCCCGAGAGACGCUCCCUCAGAGCGCAGCCCCCCUGUCUGAUUCCUCUCUGCACUGGGAAAGGCUGGCUCAGACUGUUACUUGUUUUGACAAGGCUAAAAACACGAGUAUAAAAGUUUAAUAUAAGAGAUAAAAACAGGACCAAACGCUUCCAGUGUGUGGAAUAAGAAGCUAUGGUCAACCCUGUCAAAAGCUUUCUCCUCAAAAACAGAGCACCCUGGCACACAGUGGGGUAGAUUUUCAAAGGUGACUAAAUUUUAGUCACAAGUCUAAAGUUACACUGUUUCUUAGACGGCUACAUUAUCAUCAUGAUUUUCAAUGAUUACUUUGGUAAAUUGACGUUUGCAGACACCUGUCUUCUAUUUAUAGGAGCAAUGGCUAACUUAUAAGAACAUAAGAAAGUUUCAAAACGAGAGGAGGCCAUUCAGCCCAUCUUGCUCGUUUGGUUGUUAGUAAGGUUGUUGAAGUUGACACCCUGGGAUCCUUCAAGAAGCUGCUUGAUGAGAUUCUGGGAUCAAUAAGCUACUAACAACCAAACGAGCAAGAUGGGCCGAAUGGCCUCCUCUCGUUUGUAAACUUUCUUAUGUUCUUAAGUUCUUAUGACAUUUAGACAUAACAAGACACGGUAUUGAACCCCACAAAUCAAACGAGGCACAAACACGACACAAUUGGACAACAUUCACAUGGACAGGCACUUAGGACGUAGACAAAACACAGAACAGCAACACAAAACGAUACAACACACAACAGAUCGCUACAAUAUGUUCCACUGUUUCUUGUUCGCUACAAUUACUACGUAACUCAUUCUAGUUUCUUCAUCGCUGUGUUUCCCUUUCCCCAUAUGUUUGUAUUCCCGUACUUUUGAGUGAUUUUUACAAUAAAAUCUCCCCUUUCCACUGUUUUGCUUUUCAACUCUGUCUCCGUCGUUCUGCAAGCUUAUAAACAAAAACUUAAAAGUGACAACACAAAUACUAAAUAUAUAAGAAAACGAAAAACACUAAAGUGAAUAAGACAUCUCUAUUAGUGCACAAAAAUGUAUAAAAAAUAAGCAUUUCGUUUGUGAAAAUAAUUCAAUAAAGCAAUUAAUUAAAAUAUACAUUCAAAUGUUUUAAUAAAUAUUACAAUUGUAUUUUUGUUCAGGCAUUUUAAUAAUAAAUUUUAUUCUAGAGAUGAGCAUGCUAUUAUUAUUAUUAUUAUUAUUAUUAUUAUUAUUAUUAUUAUUAUUAUUAUUAUUAUUAUUAUUAUUAUUAUUUCUUCCUGCCUCAUGUCCCUAUCUGGUAGCUCUUCAAAAACAACUGGGAUUAAAUUUCUUUAACUGUGGAUGAAAGGGGGGCGCUCAUUUUUUUAAAUUUUUUUUCACAAAACCGCCUCGAGUUCUAUUUUAUUUCCUUCUUCUUUCUUUUGUGAUUUUUUUUUUUGUUUUUUGCUUAAAUGUUUUUAUUGUGCAUCCAGGGCUGUAACUAGCUGUGAGGACACCGAGGUCGUGUCCUCUGUUUUUUUUUUCUGUUUUUUAAUCAUCAAUGCUGAUGCUCGUGUAAAAAUUCUGGUAAAGUACAAGAGACUCCUUCGUUUUCUCUGCUGGUUUGUCGUCUCUUUAAACUGCCUGAGCAUUUCUACAAGAUAUUUUUUU